AUGUUCACAUUUUAUACGGAUUUAAUUGAUAAAAGUUAUUGUCCAUUUCCUAAACUAGAUCUAUUAAAAAGUUGUAUUAAUGAUGUCUAAACCAAAAAGACAAACAUUAAACAACAUAAAAGUAUUCAUAAUUAGAAUGAUACCUAGUUCCAACUAAGAAAUAUAAUUUUAUAACAGAUGAUUAGAGAAAUUCAUUAAUAAAGAUGAUAAUUGAGGAUGGAUUUACUAUCAAGAAUGCUUCUGAAAGAUGUUCUAUAAAAUUAUCAACAGCAAAAGCUAUACUGAAAGUAUAUAAAACUUAAGGAAGAGUAGGGAAAAAGUAAUCCAGAGAAAGAAAAGCAAGAACAAAAUGUAAAAUUGGAAAAGAUAGGAUUGAUUUCAUGAUGGAAAUAAGAAAAAAGUUACCUAAGAUUGGAUUUAAGUAUAUAUUAUAUUAAUAAGUUAAUACCUAUGUUUUCCUACUGAAAAAUGGUUUUAUUAACCUAUUAAAGAGGAAUAAGAGUGA